AAGUCAUUUUUUCUUCUAGAACCUGAGAGGAAGUGGGAAAAGCCAUGAGAUGGGUGUCGAUGUUACAUUAUUUGAACAACAUUCUUUGAACCUUGGUUGUAAUUCCCGUGCGCAGUAUGGAGGGUCCGGCGUGUUCAUGUCCAGUCGCCGACCAGAUGACCCCACAACCCCGAUGAGGUCUGACCGAUUGGGCCGCUUUAUCCCCGAUCUUCACGAACACCAAACCGACCUGAGAGGAAGUGGGACAAGCCAUGAGUCCCGUGCGCAAUAUGGAGGGUCCGGCGUGUUCAUGUCCACUCGCCGACCAGAUGACCCCACAACCCCGAUGAGGUCUGACCGAUUGGCCCGCUUUAUCCCCGAUCUUCACGAACACCAAACCGCGAAAGCCCUGAACGCUCUUCCAGGUCUCGGAGAAGCAAACUUCUACUUUGACCCCUUUCGACUUCAGUCGACUCUUCCAGGCUUCACCACGGACCGGCCCUUUCCACUAGUGGCAGAUUACGAAGAAAGACCAAGCAGUUCGUGCUCGCGUAUCGGGGGCAAAUCACCGGUCAGAAGAAAGUCACGUCAAAUCGUCCCUGGGCCCGAUCUUGAACCAGAGCCAGACUAUGAUCCAAGCAGGUCGUGCUCGCGUAUCUGGGGCAAAUCACCGGUCAGAAGAAUGUCACGUCGAAUCGUCCCUGGGCCCGAUCUUGAACCAGAGCCAGACUAUGAUCCAUAUUUAACUCUGUAGAUACUCUCUCUCUGAAAAUUCUUCAAUGAAUUUUGUAGCUUUCUUCCUUUGCCUUUAAUAAAGUACCGUGCAAAUGGUUGGUUUAAAAUGGCGGUUAAUUAACAGAAUGUUUAUAAAAUCAUUAAAAAUUAUAUCCCCAGUCGAAUGAUCUAAUCACAAGGGCUUUAAUUGAUGGAAACUACCGAUAGGAUGUCAUCUGUACAUGAUAUAUGAAUGUUGGUUGUGUGUUUCCAUUGAUUAAAUCUCACAGAUUUAUCUGCUUUGUAACAAUGUUCAAAUUAGCGUCAAAAUACAAGCAUGUGUCUUGAGCGGAGAAUGGGAAUUUGAACAUAAAUUAGUUAAUGUUUAAAAUUGUGAGUUAUUGUUUUACGUAUUUUGUCACAACCAAACACGCACUGAUAGGAAUGUAUAAAUAUACGCAUAACUGUACGUUUAGUAAACCUGCUAACACUGUUUCUCAAAAAUAAAUAUUCUUCAGCAAAUGA